GCCGGGAUGAUUGAGAGGGCCAACAGGGCCUUGGGGAGCUUCUGGCCUCUGAGGGGAGUUGCCACUGCUGCUGGAGGGUCUGUGCUGGAGCUGCCGCCACGACGAUCCCUCCUCUAUGUGCCAGGAGACAGCGACAGGAAGAUUUGCAAGGCCGCCGGCCUGGGGGCUGAUGUGACCUGCCUGGACCUGGAGGAUGCGGUGGCGGGCAGUAGAAAGGAAGCUGCACGGGACGUGGCCGUCAAGGCGCUGGCCCAGGUCAGCUUUGGACGCAGCGAGCGCGCGGUGCGGGUCAAUUCCAUCCAGUCUGGGCUGUGCGAGGAUGACCUGCGGGCGGUGCUGACCGGGGAGGCGCUGCCGGAUGCGCUGGUGGUGCCAAAGGUGGACACAGUUGACCACGUGCGCUGGCUGUUCGGCCAAGCCAAGGGCCUGCUGGGAAGCCGGCAGCGGCAGCAGCAGCAGCAGCAGCAGCAGGGUUCCGCGUCAGUGGCGCUCAUCACCAUGUGCGAGUCGGGCAUGGGCCUGCUCAACCUGCGGCACAUCUUCGAGGCCUGCCUCACGGACGAGCAUAGGCAGCUGCUGCGGCUGGAGGCUUGCAUCUUUGGGGCAGACGACUACUGCGCUUCGCUGGGCAUGAAGCGCCAGCCAGGCACAGAUGACACGCUGUUUGCGCGGCGCUGGGUGGCGCUGCAUGCCAGGGCGUUUGGGCUGCAACCUAUCGACCAAGUGUAUAUCGACUACAAGAACACGCACGCGCUGGGGGCGGAGGCGCUGGAGGGGCGCGGCAUUGGCAUGGCCGGCAAGCAGGUCAUCCACCCCUCGCAGAUUGGGCCUGUGCAGGAGGCCUACAGCCCAGACCCAAGAGAAGUGGAGGAGGCUAGCGAGCUUGUGGAGGCAUUUGAGAAGCACCAGGAGGAGGGCCAGGGCACCUUCACCUUUAGGGACAAGAUGAUAGACCAGCCCACCUACCUACAAGCAAGGAACCUGCUCAAGUUGGCACAGCGUGUGGGCGGCGGCGGCGGCGGCAAGUAAGCGGGGCCCCAGCUGUCUGCACUGACUGCAAAGCCCUGUGUCGGGCAGCCUGUCAGACAAACGUUGCUUUACACAAGGAACUGCUUUACACAAGUAAAUGUUCGGUCGUUCCAUGCGCCCGUGAAUCCUGGAGCAGCGGUAAAUAGAUGCAUUUGAGCUGAAUGGACCUGACUGGAGCGCAGUGUCGAUGAGCCGCAUGCAGAAUAGGGAGGCUGAAGUGGCGGCGCAGCGUGGCGGCGCGCUCUGCCACGCUGGGCGCCCCGUCACCCUCCCAGUGCAAACAUACCUC